AUGGCCAGCUGGGCCGUGCCGAUUAGGCACGGCCCAGGUACGGGCACGGCCCGCCCCGUCCUUGCGCCGCCUCCCCGCGCCGCUCACCCCCGCGUCGCCCUGCCCGCCACCGCCCCCGCCUCGCCCCUGCGCCGCCUCACCGCGCCGCCCGGUCACCCCGGCAGCUCCCCACCCCGCCUCGAUCGCCGCCCGCCCCUACCCUGCCCCAGCCACCCGCCCCCGUCCCGCCCCGCCCGGUUGCGCCUACCCUGCCCGGUCGCGCCACCCCCGCACCGUCGCUCGGCCCCAGCUUGGCACGGCCCGUCGUGCUUCAACCGUGCCCAGGCCGGCCCAGCACGAUACUGUGCUUCACGGCUCGUGCCGUGGGCCGAGGGCGCGGCACCUAUCGGGCCGUUUCGAGUUGAGCCCGUACCGGGCCGGUACAACUGGCCCAUUUAG